CGCCUCCUGUGCGCGUCUUAAAAGGGCAAAGAAAGGACGCCGGGGCUUACGCUACGCGCCGGUCUGGCCCGCUCUGUUGGGGUCCCCUGUUCCUCGAAACGUUUGUGAGUGGACGCGACGGGCAUCGCACCCCUCCCUCACGCCCCUACCCGGCCCCGCCGUGGGCCCCGCAGGCCGGCGCGGCCCCUUUAAGAGGCUCGCGGGUCGGCCGCCGGAGGUCGUGGGGUGCCCCUUGCGCCGCGGGCCGCGCUCCCCGCCAUGCGGGCGCUGCGGGCUGGCCUGACCCUGGCGCUGGGCGCGGGGCUGGGCGCGGCGGCCGAGGGCUGGCGGUGGCGGCGGCGGGCGGACGCGAGGGCGGCGCCGGGGCUCCUGGGCCGGCUGCCCGUGCUGCCCGUGGCGGCGGCGGCCGAGCUGCCCGCGGUGCCCGCGAAGCCCGGGACCCCGGCGGGCGGCGGCCCCGGCGAGCUGGCCAAGUACGGGCUGCCGGGGCUGGCGCAGCUCAAGAGCCGCGAGUCGUACGUGCUGUGCUACGACCCGCGCACCCGCUGCGCGCUCUGGGUGGUCGAGCAGCUGCGGCCCGAGCGGCUCUUCGGCGACGGCGACCGCCGCUCUUGCGACUUCCGCGAGGACGACUCGGUGCACGCGUACCACCGCGCCACCAACGCCGACUACCGCGGCAGCGGCUUCGACCGCGGCCACCUCGCCGCCGCCGCCAACCACCGCUGGAGCCAGAAGGCCAUGGACGACACCUUCUACCUGAGCAACGUCGCGCCCCAGGUGCCCCACCUCAACCAGAAUGCUUGGAACAACCUGGAAAAGUACAGCCGCAGCUUGACCCGCACCUACCAAAAUGUCUAUGUGUGCACAGGGCCGCUCUUCCUGCCCAGGACGGAGGCUGACGGGAAGUCCUAUGUGAAGUAUCAGGUCAUCGGGAAGAACCAUGUGGCGGUGCCCACCCACUUCUUCAAGGUGCUGAUCCUGGAGGCCGCAGGCGGGCAAAUCGAACUCCGCUCCUACGUGAUGCCCAACGCUCCCGUGGACGAGGCGGUUCCGCUCGAGCGCUUCCUGGUGCCCAUCGAGAGCAUUGAGCGGGCCUCGGGGCUGCUCUUCGUGCCAAAUAUUCUGGCACGGGCAGGCAGCCUAAAGGCCGUCACUGCAGGCAGCAAGUGAAGGCCACAGCCCUGCCAGACUGCGGGGGCGGGGCUGCAUUAAAGGUGGUGAUUUCUGGA